CAAGAAUAUCGUUCUCUUCAUUGGUGCAGGAAAGUCUCAACCAGGAGACGUUCCUUUUCUUGUCAUGGAAUAUAUGGAGCGAGGAUCUCUAAAAAAUGUACUAUAUGAUUUAUCGAUUGAUAUCGAUUAUGAGCGUAAGCUAUCAUUUGCCGUGGAUUCAGCAAGAGGUAUGCAUUUUCUUCACACAUUGGAACCGCCUCGAAUACAUCGAGACCUGAAAAGCGAUAAUCUUGUGGUAAGCAAAGACUGGACUGUUAAAGUGGCUGAUUUCGGUUUAGGUAGAGAUGUUAACAUCACAAGAAACGAUAAACCGCAGUUUAGACGCAGAUGUGGUUCAGAUCAAUUACAUAUUUCCCUACUUCCCAAACGAGAUGGUCUGUCUUUCUCAGGUAUUGGAACUGCAAGAUGGGCAGCUCCCGAAUUGACUCUUCGGGAAUCAUAUGAUACUGCAGUAGACGUUUACAGUUUUGGGAUUGUGUUGUGGGAAAUCUGGACAAGACAGCUUCCAUUCGGUCAAUACAGAUUUGAUUAUCAAGUUAGCGAUGCAGUAGUCGCAAAUGAAAGACCUGCAAUUUCUCGAGAUUGUCCACAGCCGUUAGCCACAAUUAUGAAAAGAUGUUGGUCACCCAGACCAUCAGACCGACUAUCGUUUGGCCAAGUUAUUUCGCAACUUGAAUCUUUAGAGAGCAUCUAGAUAUGUAGCUGUUCAGAAGAAGCAUGCACGCGUUACUUGCCAUGAAGGAGACACUUAUAGUGAUGCACUGUUACGAGCAGUAAAGCCUAGUGCAUUAUAAUAAU